GCUAGGUGCGCCCUCGGCCUUUACUGCGCACCCGCUGCAUCGCCCAUCCGUCUGCAGGUCUCGUUGGCGACGAGAACCCUUUCUUUAUACUUAGAAGUUAUAGACUGUUAGAAUUUCAAGUCUCGCUUCGAACACUAAACAAAAUAUUUCUUGAUAUCAGUCUUUGCCUUCCCUAGGUCGCUUCAGUAAACACUGUCUUCUCACACUGCCUGUAAAUUACUUCACAAUGGCGGACGUUAAUCUGACCGCGCAAUACGUCUUUACAAAUGAAUUGAUCGGCUCGUCAAAGUCCCUGGCGUCGACUUCGCUCAACGCAUCCAUCAUCGUAGUAUCAUCCAGUCCGGGCGACAGCAGUCUAUGGUACUUCACCGAAACCGACGUCGACGACUACUAUCGGCUCCACACUGUACAGAAGGGCGACUACAACGCGCUUGAUGUCGACAACUACUACGGUAGCAAUUCGAUCGACCUACACUUCUAUGCCGUACAACGGCGAUCUGGACAGUACUGGCUGCUCAACAAACAGAGCGAUGGGAGUGUAAAGGUCAGCAACAACUUUACAGGCCCGGACAUUUAUCUCGACAUUGAUGAAGGGAGUUUGCGACCAACACUCAGAGCGCAGGAUUCUCCAGGGCAACACUGGACGUUCAACAGCCCUGAUGCCACCUCGACUGCCGUGGAUACAGCGUCAGCAACUGCAACGUCAGCGACUGCAACGUCAGUUGCAACGACUACACCCGUUCCUUCAGGGACCACAUCAAGCACCAUACCUUCAAGCACUUGCACAUCCGGAUGUUCUGCAACCGCUGCUCCAUCGAGCUCCAAACGGCUAUCAAAAGGGGCUAUUGGAGGUAUAGCAGGCGGCGCCAUCGUGGGAUUGAUCCUAAUCAUUGGCUCGAUCUGGCUAUGGCACAGUAUGAGAAGCAAUAGAAACAACACCGAAAUAAGGCUCAGGAGCUUGAAACCAAAACCGAUCAUCAACGCGUGA